AUGGCCCUGCCUCUUCCAGGCUCCCCUUCAUCUUCAUGGGUCAGGUUCGUAGAACGUCUUAAACAUUCUUUCAGUGGUGCAGAUCCACGAGUCUGCAUAGCUUUCUGGCUCUUUGGCCUCAUCAACAAUGUCCUCUACGUGAUCAUUCUUUCUGCGGCCCUCGACCUUGUCGGUCCCAAUGUUCCUAAAGGAGUUGUUCUCCUUGCCGAUGUCAUACCUUCGUUCCUUACCAAACUCUGCGCUCCUUACUUCAUCCGUGUCGUUCCCUACCCGGUUCGAAUCUGGAUCUUCGUGGGCUUAUCUGCCGCCGGCAUGCUCUUGAUCGCAUUCACACCACCCUACACUGAUGGCGGGAAAAUCGCUACCAAGAUGACCGGUGUUAUCCUGGCAUCUCUGAGCAGCGGUGGUGGAGAAUUGAGCUUUGUUGGCCUGGUUCAUUACUACGGACCGUUCAGCUUGGCCGCUUGGGGAAGUGGAACCGGAGGUGCUGGUUUGAUCGGAGCUGGAGCAUAUGCAUUGGCCACUACAUCACUUGGGCUCAGUGUGAGGACAACCUUGUUGGCGUCUGCUGGCUUACCGGCGGUCAUGCUAGGAAGCUUCUUUUUGGUCCUGCCGCGAAGUCCUCUCCGCUCCCACUCCGGGAAGCGGCACCACAGUGAUCGGGCCUGGGAUGAUGACAUUGAACGUGAGCAAAGAGAAGGGCUUCUUCCUUCUAACGAAACUCCCAAGCCCACUUUCAACUCACGUGUGAAGACCUCGUCCGCCUGGACCACUUUUACACACCAUUUAGCCAGGGCCAGGGGUCUUUUCUUCCCUUACAUGCUACCUCUACUUCUGGUCUAUGUGGCCGAAUACACCAUCAAUCAGGGGGUCUCGCCCACUUUGUUAUUUCCUCUCCAAGAGACCCCCUUCCAGCACUUUCGGGCAUUCUAUCCGACAUACAACGCGAUCUAUCAAGCUGGAGUCUUUAUUUCACGAUCUUCCACGCCGUUCUUACGAGUUCACAAUCUUUACGUACCAUCAUUCUUGCAGGUGGCCAAUUUGGUCAUCUUGACAUCACACGCCAUCUUCAACUUCAUUCCGAGCGUGUAUAUUGUCUUUGCUAUCAUUUUCUGGGAAGGCUUACUGGGCGGCCUGGUCUAUGUCAACACUUUUGCGGAAAUCAGCGACACCGUCCCCAAAGAAGAUCGUGAGUUUUCAUUGUCGGCUACGACGGUUAGACGCGGGAGAGACUACUGCAAGAAGCUAUGA